AUGGCUCACAAAAUCGACGCCAAUACGAACAAUGGUGCACAAUACCAGCAUACGGUUAUUCUUCUAUGCACCGUCAUCCAAUGUCGCCGGCGCAGCAGUACGGCCUCAAGUCAGGAAAUCCUCUCCGAUGUCUAUUCAAGCCUGAGCCGCCGAAAACUGCCCGACUGGUUGGGCCACGGACUUCAAAAGGACGUUGCAUUUAUGCUGGCUCAGAAAACAGAGGACCUUCGCGAUCUAACCUUUGCGGAGAGCCUGCCUGUUACCAAAUCUACCAAUACAAGGCUCAGUAGCAUCUUCUCGGGAUGGCGAUGGGAAGAAGGGAUUAGCGAAUGGGUGCUGCCCAGUCCCAAGAAAACCAUUGACCGAGAUGAUGGUACAUCGGUCAAACUAGCAAAGCAGAAUGCUGUGGAAACCGAGAUUUGCUGGGACUCGGAUGAGGAAUUGAGCCUGGGAACUUCUCAGAGGAGAGACUCGCUUCGAAUCAUUACACGUCGUAGAAAGCGGGAAGUAGGAACAAUUGCUGUGAAGAAGAAGCAAAUGAAAAUCUCAAGCCUCCAAGCCGUGGCGAUGAGCAGCUCUGAUGACACGAGCUGCGAGACUAAAGUCGGCUAUAUGGAGCUUGCAAAGAGCUCAGUGCGACAGUCAAAAGCCACCAAGCCUUUUUACGUCUUGUCGCAGCUUCAUGCAGAUUUUAGAGACGAAAUAGAUGAGCUGUUUUAG